CUUUAAGGACAAUGUGCCUUUUUGGCAACAUGUCAACGUCAAUGCAUUGGACAGUUUUCUUAUUGCAAGCAGUGCAGAUGUUGAAUGCUGUUUUCGUCGAUACUGGAAAUGACGUUUUUUUCUUUGGAAUCGCUAUGCACAUUUGCGGUCAGCUCGAUUCACUCAAGAUAGUUUACAACGAAUUUAAAGAGUCGGAUGAAGAGAAUGGUGUUAAGAAAAUCAAGGAAUUCGUUGACAGGCACUCGCAUCUGUUGGAUCUUGCAGGAUUACUCGAGAAUACGUAUAAUAAUAUUCUUUUGGUAAUUCUAAUGACUAGUGGAUUUCACAUUUGUUUAGCAGGUAAUAGUAUUUUUUACUCCGACAUGAAAUUUUCACGAAUGUCUCCGUGUUGUUUAUCCAAUUUUCAAUUUUUAGGGAUACAAAUAAUGUUGUUAUCUAAACAAAACGAUGUAGUUCCUCUUGUCAAAGCUAUCGUAGCGUUUCUUAUCGUUUUAGGACAACUUUUCCAAUAUAGUUACGUCGGGAAUCAUCUUUCAUCAUUAUCGCAAGACAUUUGUCAAGUGGUUUCUAAUUGUCCUUGGUAUGAAUUCCCACCGAGUAUCGUUCGAAAUUUUGCGUUUAUAAUUAUGAGAGCACACGUACCGUUGCUUCUCACGGCUGGAAGGUUCUAUCCUAUGGACAUGGCGAGUUUCAAGAAUAUUUUAAAGGCUUCUUUUUCAUAUUUUUCUGUUUUACGAAUCGCAUUCGAAGAUGCAUCUGAAAAAAUGAGCAGCGAGGAUGUAAUCUGGAAUACCGACUCCACCAAUGCACUAUGGAUAUACAAAUGUAUAACUUGGGCAACCGGGGUACUGCAAUACUUUUACUUACCAAGAAUAGAGAAUAUCAUCGUAAAGAUGACAAGUGUUUUAAAAGUUACACCAGUUUCCAUUCUGAUGGAAAUCCGACUGAGUUGCGGUAGCGUCGACGAAACAUUGGAUUUUUUUGGAAUUUCGCUUGCGACGGUGGCAGGUCUGACAAAGUUAAUCUUCAUCAAGUUGCAUCGGAAGGAUCUACGGAAGAUUCUUUUGUCAGCACUGAAUAACUGGUCCACUAUCGUUGACAAUUCCUCUGCAAAGAAGAUCAUGUUGAAAUAUAGCCAACGUGGCAAGCUUGUGGGCCGUACGCAGAUGAGCUUCGCUUUUGUCAUCAUCACAGCUAUUAUACUGGACGCCAUUCCUUCGCCGGAGGCUUCUCAGCAGGAGAAUGCAACCUCGAGCGAAGAGCUCCCUCAACGAAUACCUCUUCGAACUAUGUGUACCUUUGGCAAUAUGUCUACAUCUACUUAUUGGACAGUCUUCGUUUUACAGUCGAUUCAGCUAUUCAACGCAGUACUCAUUGAAAGUGGAAACGACGUUUUCUUCUUUGGGAUUUCUAUGCAGGUUUGCGGUCAACUCGACUCACUAAGAAUCUUACUCGGAGAAUUUAGACAGGAAAAGGAGGAGGAUCGUGUUCGAGAAAUCAGGGAAUUCGUUGAUAAGCACGCGCAUUUGUUGGGCCUUGCCCGACGAAUCGAGGACACUUUCACUAAUGUUCUUUUAGUACUUUUAAUGACCAAUGGAAUGCACAUCUGUUUAACAGGGAUACAAAUAUUGUUGCUGUCCAGACAAAAUGACGUAGUUCCUCUCAUCAAGGCUACCGUCGCGUUCGUUGUCAUCCUGAUACAACUUUUCUUGUACAGCUACGCCGGGGAUUUUCUCUCGUCAUUAACUCAAGAUAUUUAUCAUGUGAUUUAUAAUUAUCCUUGGUACGAAUUGUCACCGAAUAACGUUCGAAAUUUGGUGUUCAUAAUUAUGAGGGCACAUAAACCUUUUCGCCUGAGAGCUGGAAGAUUCUAUCCUAUGGAUAUAGACAGCUUCAAGAACAUUUUGAAGUGUUCAAUCUGCACUGGGAGAGGCCAUCAACCGAAAAUGGAGAAAAAGCCGUGGAACGACGACAUUGCGUACGCGAUGACCUUUUACAAGUUCUUAACAUUACCCACAGGUGUUUGGCCUCUUCAGGAUUACAAUUUCUUCGCGACUGUCCGAUCCGUCGUAACAGUGAGUUUCCAGAUCCUGAUGAUUGUAUUUCAAUGCAAAGAACUUCUUGCUGGUUGCAACAACAGCAAUGCCAAUUUGGACAGUCUAAUGAUAAUCGCAUGCAAUAUAAUGGCAGUCAUUAAGAUCAGCUGUUAUCGAUUCCAUUCUCGAUAUUUGAUCGAUAACUAUGAAAAAGCUGUAAGGGAUUACUCGCAAAUCAAAUCGUCGGAAGAUCUUGGGAUUAUGAAAAAACACGCUUUCAUCGGCAGAAGCUUAUGUUCCAGCCUCAUAUGUUUCUCCUACGUUGCAACGUCGAUCUUCAUGAUCGCGCCUUUCUUCAUGGGCUCCAUAGACACGAUUAUAAACGGUACGAGGACGAGUCUUCCCAAAACGUUGAGCUAUCCGAUGCCUUCCGACUGCACUUUGGGAAAUUUCAAUAUUUCCAUUACGCUAUACUGCUUCAUUUCUUUGUUGGAUAUCAUGCUGUUGGUCAGUACGUGCAAUGGCAAUAUCGGUAACGAUUGUCUUUUCUUUGGUAUCACGCUACACGUCUGUGGGCAAGCCGAAAUACUAAAGAUCCAGUUUACACGAUUUAAAUUCGAGAAAGGGAUGAAACGAGAGUUUAAAAAUCUUUUAUCGAGAUACGGCGAAUUGUUAACUUUGGCCAAUUAUCUCGUCGAUACGAUCAGCUUCGUUCUGAUAGCACAGUUAUUCGUCAGUUGCACACUCAUCUGUAUUGUAGGUUUCCAAUGCAUCAUGGCUCUGCAGUAUUCCGAUAUCUUCAUGUUGGCCAAGUCGCUGACAGUGCUUAGCACUUUUUUGUUGCAACUACUCAUAUACAGUUACGUCGGAGAAUACUUGAGAAAUCAAAUGGAGCAAGUUGGAUAUGCCGCUUACACAAGUGCAUGGUAUGAUUUUCCGAUAUCUUGGAGGAAGGAUUUGAUCUUCCUUUUGAUGAGAUCUCAACAACUCGUUGAAAUAGCGGCAGCUUAUUUUUUCCCGGUUAACAUGCGAACUUUCAUGAGUAUCGUCAAAACAUCUCUCUCAUACCUGUCGGUGCUACGCGUUAUGCUACUACAAAUUUAAACGAUUUAUGUGAUAAAAUGUGACAAGCAGGACGACCUGGUUACGAGUUAGAAUGUUCUUAACAUACC